GAGCUCACUCAGAAGAAGAUCUAUUUAAGAUGUUCAAAUUAAUAUUACUUUCGGCAUUACUAGCUGUCGUUCCAGCAGCUGAAAUACAGCGUUUAUCAGAUAAACACGUCUUCGAUGUUCCUCAAGCUUUGGAAACUCAUCCAGUCCAUCAGAAAGCGGUACAAGAGGAGCAGCGACCAAUUUAUCGCAAGGAAGGUGCUGAAGGACGAAGAAUAGAACCAGAACGGCCGAUGAGCUCUUUAAUGAAACAUGAAAAUAUGCUUGCUGAUGAACCAGCUUCUAUAUCUUCUGCAAGUGAAAACCAUAAAAGUGAUAUCGAACCAGUGAGUGGUUUUGCUUACAAUAGCCCUGUCGAAGUAGCUUAUCCUGAUAUUCCCUAUGCUCCCGGAUAUAACUAUGGACACGGAUAUGCUGGAAAUGGAUACGACGGGUAUGGAAACAGUCUUAGUGACUAUCUACUCGAGCCGGAUACGUCAUCUUUCGGUCUGAUGUGGAGCCAAGUGCCAGAUUCUAGGACUUUGGUGAGCUAUGUCGGUCGUACUAUCGGUUGGAUAUUCAAUAGUAUAUUUGUGAUUCUUCUCGGGUCUUUACUCACUGUGGGUGUAUGUACUUACACGAACCUCUGCUCAAUUACCUUCAACGGGGUGGGCCCGAUCCACGAGGAGAUGAGGUCACUGAUAACUCCAGACAGAUUAGAGAAGAUUAGCACAGCUGCCGACUUUGUUAAAACUGCGAUUAAUAAGUAUCAGAAGAUUCAAAAAGUAAAUGACGCAGUUGGAGCGAGGAGACGGCGUGCAAUCAAUAUGUUUUAAACGAA